CAUGUGUCAAAAAAUCGAGCGAAAAAUUUCUUUGCCGAUUCGUCAUUAAAAUUAUCGAAAAUUAUCCCACAAAUUGUUAUCACAAUUAAAUAAGAACAAGUGUUUUAGUUUAAAACUUUAAAAAUAUAACAUUCUUUCUUUUUGCUUCAAGACUGUGCCGCGGAAACGAAGGAAAAUGGGAGCAGACGCUGAAUAUUUUGGUCAUUUCUUUCAUAUACCUACUUAGGAUUUUGUAGGGUUUAAGCUUGUUAGGAUCAUUCCAUUUUGUUUUAUUUGUGUUAAUUUUCAUUAUUCGAUGUACUGGAAUAGUUGUUUACUAAUACUUACGAAAUAGGGUAGAGUAACUUUCACGAUGAACAUAACAGUAUGUAGGGACACAUCAGACGCUGUGGCUCUGUAUUUGCCGCAGCGUUUGUACCUAAAAUCUUUCGCAAAGCUAAAUAUUUCUAUUCAGCUCCCUACUCACAAGGUCCACGGCAAGUCGCUUUCCAACUGGGAAUUGAUGGAGAAGAUACGGAAAAUGGUCCAACCUGAGUCCUUUUCGGUGUUAAAAGUGAGCAAGCAUAGUUCUGAGGUGAUAAAGUACGAAGCAGAGUUAGAAGAUCGCGACAAGUUGGAACGAGUUCUGUCACGUCUGGAGAAUCGGAUAGUGCAGUUGAAAGAUUAUCCAGAGCCUCUGAAGGUGCGAGUGGCUGAAGCCAAGUCGGAUUUCCCGAUCCGCCAUUCGUGGGAUUCAUUCUUCCGCGAUGCAACGGAUAUGGAUGAAAUGAAACCAGGGGAAAGACCAGAUACUAUUCACAUUACCAACUUGCCAAUACGUUGGUUUGUGUCUGAUCGAGACCACGAUGAAGAUUCCCCACCAUCUGAGAAUCUGAUUAAAAAGAUCUUUGAAAAAUAUGGCACAGUUCGUCAAGUGGACGUGCCAGCAGCUGAUCCAUAUAGGAUGCAGAUGAAAGCAGCUAUCAGGGGCUUAACCACACCUCCCCAAGAAGCUAAGGUUUAUUUUGAAGCUUAUAUUCAGUACAGUGAAUAUGUUAGUUUUGUUCGAUGUAUGGAUGCUCUGAGGGGGCGCAAGCUGUUGCGCAAAAAGGAUGACAUUGCUGAGUGGUGCAGUAUUAAAGUUGACUUCGACAAAACCAAACACAUGACCGAUGCUGCUGUGAAGCGAAGAGCGAUCGUCCGGGAGAGACUUCUGGUCCGUCAGAAAGCUAAGGAUGAGGAAGAAAGACUGGAAAAAGAGAGAAUUUCUAAAAGAGAAGCCAAAGAAAGACAAAAGUAUGAGCGCACUGAGCGUGAGAAGCUUCAGAAGAUGAAGGAGCGUGAAGAACGGAGGAAGAGGAAGCAGCUGGCCAAGUUGAUGGAGCGUGAUGACGUGGACUUGAGCAGCCGAGUGGUUGAAGAGAAGAACAAGCUUAUGAAGGAACAGAAGAAAUUGCAGGCUAUCAGAUUAAUUGAAGAGUUGUUUAGGAGGAUAGAGCUACGGCCGGAUCUGCAGCAAAAACAGGGUCAGAAGCACGAGCGCUAUUACGCGGCGGGCGAGCGUUCGGCGCGCGCGCGAAUGGUCGAGCGCUACAAGCGCCAACAGGAGGUCAUGCUCGAAUCUCAGCGGGAGCAACUCAAAUGCGCGCUUGAUGGUCGCAUCGUGAUCCGUUCGGCUCUCGAGACCAAGAAGCCGCGCCAUAAGUCAGCCAGCUCGUCCUCUGGCGAGGAGGAUGUCAAGAGGAUCAAAACGGAACGCGUCACUACACCCGAUCGGGAGAUGCAAUAUAAAGCUGCGGGCAUGUACCAGAUGCCGUACGGUUACGGCUACCCAUUUGCGGCCAUGGCACCGCCCGCCUUCCCCUUCCCGCCGCAAAAUGGCGUGUACCAGGCCGACCCGUCGAUGUAUUACCCGGUGCGCGGCUACUACCCGCCGCCGGAGUCCUACGCGCCGCGCCGCCCGCGCCUGAGGGGGCGCGGCCGCGGCCGCGGGUACAUGCAUUAUAACAAUAGAUACAACAAGAACUUCGACGGCCACGAUGACCGGGACAGAGAACGCACUCGGUCGCGCUCGCGCUCGCGGUCCCGGCGGCGUUCAUACUCGCGGUCGCGGUCGCGGUCGCGGCGGCGGUCGCGGUCGCGCUCGCGGCGGUCUAGGAGCCGGCGGUCGCGGAGCAACAGGCGCUCGCGCUCUCGAAGCAGAAGAUCCAGGUGAGCCCGUCUAGUGGUUGACUUUAA